CUGAGCCAUGGAGGAGCUGACGGCGUUCGUCUCCAAGUCGUUUGAUCCCAAAGCCAAGGAGAAGAAGGAGCUGAUCACCUACCGCGAGGUGCUGGAGAGCGGGCCCCUGCGCGGCGGCGGCGGCCCGCGGGAGCCCGGCGGGGCGGCGGCACCGGAGCCGGGCCGGGAGGACACGGGCAGCCCCGCGGCGCGGCCGGCCGGGCGCUCCCCGCCGCGGGAGCCCGACGCCGCCGCCGAGAGAGCGGCCGAGGCGGCCACCCCCAAGCUCAGCGACGUGUCCCCAGAGCUGAAGGAGCGCAAGGAGGAUGCGAAAGCGAUGGAAGACGAAGGGCAGACGAAAAUCAAGCAGAGGAGGAGCCGGACGAAUUUCACCCUGGAGCAGCUGAACGAGCUGGAAAGGCUUUUCGACGAGACGCACUACCCGGACGCGUUCAUGCGGGAGGAGCUGAGCCAGCGGCUGGGGCUCUCCGAGGCCAGGGUGCAGGUUUGGUUCCAGAACCGCCGGGCCAAGUGCCGCAAGCAGGAGAACCAGCUGCACAAAGGGGUGCUGAUCGGCGCCGCCACGCAGUUCGAGGCCUGCCGGGUGGCUCCCUACGUGAACGUGGGCGCGCUCAGGAUGCCCUUCCAGCAGGCAAGUGCGCUCGGGAGCGCGGCGCGGGCGCGGCGCGGCCCCGCGGGUGACACGGGCCGCCCUCUCCGCUUGUCCCCGCAGGUGCAGGCGCAGCUGCAGCUGGACAGCGCCGUGGCCCACGCGCACCAUCACCUGCACCCGCACCUGGCCCACGCCCCCUACAUGAUGUUCCCCGCGCCGCCCUUCGGGCUCCCGCUCGCCACCCUGGCCGAGUCCGCCUCCGCCGCCUCCGUGGUGGCCGCCGCCGCCGCCGCCAAGACCACCAGCAAGAACUCCAGCAUCGCCGACCUGCGCCUCAAGGCCAAGAAACACGCCGCCGCCCUCGGGCUGUGACCGCAACGCCGCUGCUUUAUUGUUGUUAUUAUUUUUUUUUCCACAAAAAAAAAAGCGAAAAAAAAGAGUUAAAAAUAAAAGAAAAAGGAAAAAGAAACGAGGGAGAGGAGAAACGGACGGGAGAUAUAUACUUAUUUAAGGAAUUAGAGGACGCGCAGCUGGGAAGUUCACAGGUUUUGAAACUGACCUUUUUCUGCGAAGUUCACUUUAAUACAAGAAAUUUGAUAAGAGAGGCGGGCCUCCUUUCACGUUGCAUCAGGUACUUGAGUUUAACAACCACGUCUGGAAAAGCGACAAAAAAAAAAGGAAAAAAAAAAAGGAAAAUAAAAAAAAAGAAAGACUACGACGAACAGAAACAAAAAGGGAAAAAAAAAAAAAAGACAAUGAUUUCUCUGCGAAUUUCUAAUGGGAAACUGUCCGGGAUACUUCCUCCAGCAGCAUUCCGGGUUGCAUGUAUUUGUAUUUCAUUGAUGGAGUCCUUUGAUUCACUUGCACUUCACCCUCAUCUUUAGUAGAAAAAAAAACCGAGACAACCACAAAAGCAAACAAACAAACGUGGCUGGGUUCUUUCUCCUUUAAUCUUGGAGGGAAGCAGGCAGAGAGAGGCAGAUCAAGCGCUACCUUCCCCACUCUCAAAUCCUUGUUGGUCGUUUGCUGUCCCACCUCUGAAAUAAAAGGGAGCGGAAAGCGCCAGGGGAGCCGAGUUUGCCUCCCUUUGCCGCGUCUCUCCUGUGCUGAGGGCAAAAGUAAAUGGGGAAAAAAAAAAGGAAAAGGAAAAAAAAAAAAGAGAGAGUAUUUAAUUCCCAACCACCACUUGACACCACGGCAAUUUCCAAUAAGAGGUACUGGGUACAUGUAAAAUAUGUUGAUACACACGAACAAAGUUUAUUUUGGCUAUAACUUGUGAAUUGAUAGUUGACUGUCAAACAUUUACAUUUUAUCUCAUAAAGGUGUAUCUAUUCACGUAACCUUGUGAUUUUUUUGGUUAUUAUUAUUAUUAUUUGAGAGACGUAUAGCUAUUUAACCUGGGGUACCCUGCAGUCAGUGAUUGUUAUCCCAGAUUUCGCCAUCUGACCCUCAUGCUUAUUGCCAAGACAGAGGGAAAGCUCUUCUACGCGAACUUUGGUAUGGACGGGCUUUGUAUCUAUUUGUUCUCCAUGAAAACAAAAUUAUUUAUAUUGACCAUAUUUUUUCUAGUGUAUUUUAAGUUAUUUUAAA